GGCCCUUCUACCUCGCAAUUUAGACCCAAAAAGUUGAAGCCCAGCCCAUGAAGCCAUUGAGUAUUAGGGUUUUACUAUAAAAUCUUCUGCACCAUCUCUUCUCUUUCUCAUUCGAAGAAAAUCAAUCGACUUCCGCAGUUUCUGCAGUACCGCCGAAGAAGAACAGCUGCAACAAUGGUGAAAUACUCGAGAGAGCCCGAUAACAUCACUAAAUCUUGUAAGGCUAGGGGAUCUGAUCUCAGAGUUCAUUUCAAGAACACUAGGGAGACAGCGCACGCCAUCAGGAAGUUGCCUUUGGGCAAGGCCAAGAGGUACUUGGAGGAUGUGCUUGCCCACAAACAGGCCAUACCUUUCACUCGUUUCUGUGGUGGUGUUGGGCGAACUGCUCACGCCAAGAAUAGACACUCUAACGAACAAGGUCGCUGGCCAGUGAAAUCUGCCAUGUUCAUCUUGGAUUUGCUCAAGAAUGCCGAAAGUAAUGCUGAGGUGAAAGGUUUGGAUGUGGAUGCACUAUUCAUUUCUCACAUUCAGGUUAACCAGGCCCAGAAGCAAAGGCGCCGCACAUACCGUGCUCAUGGAAGGAUUAACCCCUACAUGUCGUCACCUUGCCAUAUUGAGUUGAUUUUGUCAGAAAAGGAAGAGCCUGUGAAAAAAGAGCCCGAGUCGCAGUUGGCGACGAGCAAACCGAGGAAGUCUUGAGCAAUUGGCUAUUUGUUGGAUCAUAUUGUAGUUCAAGUUUUGAAAGUUAUUUUUUGGUCCACUUUGUUUUGAACUAUGUUUGGAUUUUGGAGAUUAAUCGAAAUUUUCUUAUGUGCUUGGAUAUGUAUUUUGGAUCCUAAAUAGCAUAUUUCUUCUUGGACUUCUUACUCGAUCUCCUUUGCCCUCGUUUCAUCAAUGAUUUUUCCCAC